GUCAAUGGGAUUCAGGAUCGAUUCAAGUUUCGCGACUUCUUCUAAAGAAGAUAAGCAAGAAGUAGCCGAAGAGGAAUCUGAAAAUCUAAUCCAUAAGAAAGUUAUCAAAGCCAGUGGUGAUAAUCCGCAAGCUCCGAUGUUGUACGAAGGAGCUCGCAUCAAUCACGCUGAAAGUGAAGCCCUUAUAAUGGCAUUUGUCUUAAACCAUUCUCUCUCAGAAAAGGGGCUCGAGAAUCUCUUGGAGCUUUUGAAUUGUCAUUUGCCAAUCCCAGUUUAUUCAUCGAAAUUCGCGUUUCUUAAAAAAUUGCCUACAACCGAACCUAAAAAGAACUUCUUCUGUAAACAAUGCGAAGUUAGUCUUGAAUUUGGAGACAGCGAUGAGCUACUAUGUGAAUGCGAGGCAAUUAAUUUAAAAAAAGAAUCGAUAAACAAUAACAAUUUUUUUUUUGACACUGUCGAUUAAAGAAAAAUUAAGGGAUCUUCUCAGUAACUCAGAACUAAGAGCUCAGCUGAAUGUGACGAAAAAUAGCACAAGCGACGUAACAUCGGGACAAUUGUAUCGUCUCUACGAACAGAAUAGGAUAAUUGAAAAAGCGAUAUAACUCUUUGGUUAAAUACCGAUGGUGUCAAAGUGUUUAAAUGCUCGAGUGCAUCUGUGUGGCCUUUGUUCGUCU